AUGCUUCUUAUCCUACAGGCUUCUUCGAGCGAACUGAUGAAUAACGUUAUUCAGGCCGCCUACUAUCUUCUCUACAAGGACCUCAUUCGUCUCUACGCUGUCUACAACGAAGCCAUGAUCAACCUUAUU